CAACUCCGACGCUUACUGCCGGCUUGAUGAAUGACCGAGCGAUAGUUCGCAUGUAUUCGGCUCUUUUUGACAACUUCACAGCCCUUUCAACUUCAUACGCUCCCUAGAAAGGCUCUCCCACAGGCUCUUUGCUGUCACAAUGACAACGGAAAGUACCGAAGGGCUCACGCGCGAGCAGCUCGCCUUCUUCAAUGAGAAUGGCUAUCUGCUAAUACCAGACGCGCUAUCACAAGAGACGGUCAAAGAGCUUCUAGGAGAGACAAACAAAUUGCUCAAUGACUUUACAUUGGAUGACCAUCCAAUGACCAAGUUCUCAACUGGCGGCGACGAUGGCGCAGACCAUGUAGGCGACAAGUACUUUCUCGACUCUGGAGACAAAGUGCGGUUCUUCUUUGAAGAAGAUGCCUUCGACGCCACUGGUACCCUAACCAAGCCUAAACACCGCGCCAUCAACAAAAUAGGCCACUACCUCCACGAACUCUCCCCCUCGUUCCGCAAGAUCUCACUUUCUCCCCGUAACGCCGCGAUCGCGCAAUCUCUCUCCUUCCGGGACCCGCGUGUUCUACAAUCCAUGGUGAUAUGCAAGCAACCUGAGAUAGGUGGAGCUGUACCACCGCACCAGGAUAGCACGUUUUUGUAUACAGAUCCGCCAAGCGCGGUGGGGUAUUGGUAUGCGCUGGAAGAUGCGACGAAGGAGAAUGGCUGCUUGAGCUUUGCGCCGGGGAGUCAUCGACGAGCUGCUAUUGAUAAGAGGUUUGUGCGAACGGGAGAGGCAGGAAGUGAGGGGACGGGGUUCAUUGACAACGAGGGUGCGAGAUACCCGAAGGGAUUGAAGACAGAGCUCAAUGGGGCGGCGAAUGGGGAGAAGGAGUAUGAGGUCGUAGAGAAGGAGGAGAGAUAUGACAUGGGUGAGGUCAAAGCUGGCACGCUCGUUCUUAUCCAUGGCAAUAUCCUGCAUAAGAGCGAGAAGAACACGAGUGGGAAAAGUCGGAAUAUAUACACAUUCCAUGUCAUUGAGGGCGACCAAACCUAUGACGCGCAGAAUUGGCUACAACCACCUGAGCAGGGCUUCUCGCGACUGUAUACGGAGAAUAAGGCGGCAAACGGUGCAGACUCAGGUAGUAGACUUGCGAAGGAUUGGUAGAUUCAACAAAUGUGAUUGCAAGGCCUGUAUUAUUGUGGCUACGUUUUGCUCUGUACACAUAGCCCAAUGCCAGUAAGCACAAAUGCCAUGCCUAUCCAGGUAUCUAAACUCGACUUAUGACCUUCUUCUCGGCCCACCACUCCCCCAGCACCGUGAACAAGAAGGCCAGUGAGUUCGUGAUAGGCACCGUGAGACUUAACUCGGCUUUCCCAAUUAGGAUGAAGAACCACACACUCCCCGUAACGUUCAGCAGGAGGGGUACUGCGUACGCUGGCCUUGAAAGCACGCCGAUUACUGCGUAGACUACCCCGAGUAUCUUCUUCUUGAGCCACGAGUUGUUGGGAUCGGUGAGGGAAGGACGGUGCGGAGGUGUGUAGUUCCUAUUUCAGUUUAGUCGAGUGUAUCAUGGA